UCCUCCUCCACGUGGGGACGGAAGAUGGAGGCACCGGCGGCGGACGAGGCGGCUGCGCGCGACGUGCAGCGGCUGCUAGUGCAGUUCCAGGAUGAGGGCGGGCAGCUGCUGGGCUCCCCGUUCGACGUGCCCGUGGACAUCACUCCGGACAAGCUGCAGCUCGUGUGCAACGCGCUGCUGGCCCAGGAGGAUCCCCUGCCACUGGCUUUCUAUGUCCAUGAUACCGAGAUUGUGUCCUCCCUGGGGAGGACGCUGGAGUCCCAGGCGGUGGAGACAGAGAAGGUCCUUGACAUCAUCUACCAGCCACAGGCUGUCUUCAGGGUCCGCGCUGUGACCCGCUGCACCAGCUCCUUGGAGGGCCACAGCGAGGCGGUCAUUUCCGUGGCCUUUAGUCCCACAGGAAAGUACCUGGCCAGCGGCUCCGGAGACACUUCUGUGCGCUUCUGGGAUCUCAGCACUGAGACACCGCAUUUCACAUGCCAGGGACACAGACACUGGGUCCUUAGCAUAUCCUGGUCCCCAGACGGCAAGAAGCUGGCUUCAGGCUGCAAGAACGGCCAGAUUCUCCUGUGGGACCCCAGCACAGGGAAGCAAGUGGGCAGGACCCUUGCGGGCCACAGCAAGUGGAUCACAGCCCUGAGCUGGGAGCCCCUCCAUGCCAACCCCGAGUGCCGCUAUGUGGCCAGCAGCUCCAAGGACGGCAGCGUGCGGGUCUGGGACACAACCGCAGGCCGCUGUGAGCGCAUCCUCACCGGGCACACGCAGUCAGUCACCUGUCUCCGGUGGGGAGGGGACGGGCUUCUCUACUCCGCCUCCCAGGACCGCACCAUCAAAGUCUGGAGGGCUCAUGAUGGCGUGCUGUGCCGGACUCUGCAAGGCCACGGCCACUGGGUGAACACCAUGGCCCUCAGCACUGACUAUGCCCUGCGCACAGGGGCCUUCGAGCCAGCCGAGGCCUCAGUGAAUGCCAGGGACCUCCAAGGGUCCUUGCAGGAGUUAAAGGAGAGGGCUCUGAGCCGCUACAACCUCGUGCGGGGCCAGGGCCCAGAGAGGCUGGUGUCUGGCUCAGACGACUUCACCCUGUUCCUGUGGUCCCCGGCGGAGGACAAGAAGCCCCUGGCACGAUUGACAGGGCACCAGGCCCUCAUCAACCAGGUGCUCUUCUCCCCAGACUCCCGUGUCGUUGCCAGUGCCUCCUUCGACAAGUCCAUCAAGUUGUGGGAUGGCAGGACGGGCAAGUACCUGGCUUCCUUGCGUGGCCACGUGGCUGCCGUGUACCAGAUUGCGUGGUCAGCCGACAGCCGGCUCCUGGUCAGUGGCAGCAGUGACAGCACAUUGAAGGUGUGGGAUGUGAAGGCCCAGAAGCUGGCCACAGACCUGCCAGGCCAUGCGGAUGAGGUAUAUGCUGUCGACUGGAGUCCCGACGGCCAGAGAGUGGCGAGUGGCGGGAAGGACAAGUGUCUCCGGAUAUGGAGGAGAUGAGAAAUCCCAAGUUCUCUGGGACCAUCACCUGGACCCAGCCUCUGCCAGCCGCCUGCCCCAACAGAGACCAAAGGCUGAGAACGAGUGUGGCCUGCUGUCCUCUGACAGACCCAAGUGGGGUCCCUUCCCAGAGCAGGAGACUAAAGGUCAUGGGAGGUUAUCACUGAGCCCAGCCCUGGGCCAGCACCCAGUACCUCGCUGGUGCCGGCAGGAGUGGUGUGAGGCCAGGCGAUUCUUCUGCCUCCUUUUCUGAAUGUCCUCUCUAUUCAGGGUCAGACCCCGGAUUCUGUGACCAAAUAAAUAAUUUAUAUUUUGUU